AUGGUGGAUCCAAGGGAACACGAACAACAAACACAUUCUUUAAGAGACGACUCGGUAAAGCAGAAUUUGAAAGGCGAUUGGUUAAACUUUUUUCUCUUGCUGUUGCUGUACACUAUGCAAGGAUUGCCUUUGGGUAUAUCGAUGGUACUACCGAUCACAUUACAAAGCAAAAAUAAUACGACAUAUCACGAACAGGUACACCUACGCGAUGGAAAUAUUUUAAUUUAUAAUAUAACGUUAUAUCAAUUCAUAUAAACUGCAAUAUAUUCCUGACUGCGCGCAGUCUAAAAAAAUGAUUGUACAUUUAAUACUUUUAUAUUAUAAACCUAUGGUUAUUGUUUGUAUGCUGUGAUCAUUUUAGGCUCUUCUCAGUUUUACAAACUUGCCGUUUAGUUUUAAACUAUUAUUGGCUCCGUUGGUAGACGCAAUCUAUGUACAAAAACUGGGUCGGCGUAAAUCUUGGCUCAUACCCGUUCAAUAUAUAUUAGGUAAGUAUUUAAAAUCGUAUUUAUUUAAAAAUAUUAAAUUUAAAAUAAAUACUUAACUAUUGGUAUAAGUAACAAACUAGGUGUAUGUACAUAAAUUGCCAAAUCAGUUAUUAUUGUUUUUAUUAUGUACUUACAUUUCGGUAUUGAUGUUGAACAGGAGCGACUUUGGUUUAUACAGCCACCAACAUCGACGAGUUAUUGCCUGAAACUGGAAAAGCGAACAUCAUCGUACUGACGUUCGUUUUCUUCAUAAUAAAUCUAUUAGCGGCCACACAAGAUAUAACCGUUGACGGUUGGGCUCUGACUAUGUUGAAAAGGUAAUGGAUCUUUUAAUUUAUAUUAUAUUGUCAUCAGUGAGCUUCUUUUUCAAUCUGCAUAUUGGUUUAAUGAUGUUAUGCUUCAAAAUAUAUAUUGUUUCAUACAUUUACUGUCUUGGCUUUCCUCUCGAUUUACCAUUCUAUUUUCGUGAUUGCCAGUGUAAUAUCAUUAUUAGAUGAACUAUAUCCUUUUAAUUUUUUCACGAUUAUCUUCCAUGUUCAUCUAGUAUAGUUCAUUAGCUAGGUACGCCUCUUCUUUUGAUAUUUUUCCUGUCCAAGAGAUUUUUAAUAACCAUCUACAGGACUAAGUUUCAAAAACUUUUAUCUUUCUUCUUUCGCCAUUAAUACUUGUACUGUUCAUGACUUCCAUUCAACAUAAAACACUCCAUACCAUUGAUUUUAUCAUGGCUUUAUUAUUUAUGUUAAUCUAGACUUGUAUUUUUAGUGAAUGCUUUGCUUGAGCUAUUUUAAAAUUUAUUUACAUAUUACAUUUUUCGUCUUCUGUAAUUUCGAUUUCUAGGUACGUGUUGCUAAUCACUAUUUCUAGUUUAAUUAAUUAUUAUCUAAUUUCAGCCUGUUACAAACUAGUAUAUUUGUUUUGAUCUUAGCAAUAUUUCUGGUAUAAAUCUAUUUUGAUGUGUUAUCUAUUCUGUGUAUAAUUUGUUUCAAUUUAUCCUCGCUGUUUGCUGUCAUCGAAAUUUCAAUCAUACAAACCGAAACAUUUUUGAUAGAAUUGUAUUUAUUUAAACUCGUCCAAUUCUUUUACUUCUCGUGUCUUUCUAUGCUUUCUCUAUGUAUAUAAAUUAUAAACGAAAUAAUAUGGGUGCUAUGUGUGACGUAUAAGCAUUCGUCAAAAAGUGUUACUAUCUGCUACGGUGAAUUUUUAUAAUAUUUUGCACACAGAAAAAACGUUGGGUACGCGUCCACUUGCAAUUCGGCGGGACAAACAGCGGGCGUUCUGAUCGGUUCUACGGUACCAAUACUUUUAACAUCCGAAAAGUUCUGCAAUGAAUACUUGCGGGCCAUUCCUGGCAUCGGAGGAAUAGUAACUAUGAAAUGUGAGUAAGUAACUGCUAAUAACUAUGUACACUUAAAUAUAUUUUUACAUUCGUUAUUCUAUAAAAUUGAGUCAUCUACUCGUCUAUACUCGUAUUUUUAUUUAUCUAAUUAUGUUGUAAAAGUUUGACAAUAUCGUGACCCAACUGCCAAUUUUAAAUAGGGAUAUUAUCAAAAAGAGGAGCGCUUUUCUGCAUAGGUUAAAGUGGAAAGGGAAGAUAAAGGGAGGUAGUACCCGUAUCUCUAACUACACUUAAAAAGUGUCUUAACAUAAUCUCCAAAAAGUACUCUGCAGGUUUACUGAAGCAAUGGCGUGGUAAACUUUUUUUUAGCUAUGCGGUCAACAAAAUUCGGGACAUCUACCACCGAUAAAACAAAAUUUUUUUUUUUUUUUGAGAGGGUUUAAGGAGCCUAGAAUCUAUUUUUUCAUAGAUAAUAUUUUGAUUAAAUUACAUAAUUUCAAUAAUUUUUAAUUGUCAUUUAUAUAUUAUAAGUACUAGUCUUAUUUUUUGAUACACAUUUUUUCAAAUCUGUACCAUCCAUUUCCAAUUUUGAACUACACACUUUGUGGGAUGGUUCACUAAACAAAUAGGGACUGCAAUUUAAAACCCUUCUAAAAUGAAUGAACACCUACCAUUAUAUUUAUUAUGUAAGUAAUUCGAUUAAAUGCUAUACUAAAAUGAUUAAAGUACAUACAGUUCCAUCAAAAUUAUUUUCUAAAUAUUAACGUUGUGCACAUAACUAUACCAAUUAAAUAUCAUACAGCUCUAUAGUAUUAUCCAUUUGAGUUUCCCUGAAUAUUGAAUGGUGAUUAUUUUAUAUAAUGUAUAGGUACAAUUAAUUGUAUAUGUUACAGAUUAUCAUAUAAGUAAUGAGUUACUCAAAUUGUCCACCUUACUCACUGUAAAAAUUCAGACUUUAUGGUAUCUCCGAAAUUCCAUGCACUGCUCUACUGCUCUGAAGCCAUUAUAUUUAAAUCGAAAAAUGCUCCAAUGAUAAAUUUUAUUCCUUAUGAAACUGUAAUAAUUAUUGCUUACUGAUUUUGUAAUAUAAAUUUAUCCAUUUAAGUGGAGACACUCAUUAUUUCGAAAAGUAUUUACAAAUUAUACGGUAUGCCGUAUAUUUUACUAUUACUGUCAUAAUAGUAAAGUAAUACAGAAAAUAUUUAUAGAAUUUUUAAUAUAGGUUACUUUUUGCAAAUCGAAAGAUAAUGGUAAUAAAACAUUUUAGAAUUAUUUGUUUCCUUAAUUGUCAAAAAAAAAUUAUUUUUAAAAAUUUAGCGACUUUCUGAAAUAAUGAGUGUAACCACUUAAUUGGAUCACCUCAUAUAUUAAAUAUAUACAACCACAAACAUUAGUUUAAUAUAGAGAUUAAAUCUUAUUUCUUUUAUAACAUUAUUACCUACCAACAAAACUAUUUUGUAAGAAAAAAAAUUUAGAAGUAGCUCAUUAUUUUGAUUCCAAAUUCCAUUAACGUAUUUUAUAUUACUUAUUUGUAUUAAGUAUUAUUAUAUCAAUUAUAUUUUAUUUUAGAUUAAACUGUGCUCCAAAAGUUCACAUAAAAAUAAAUAGGUCAGAUACAAUGUUAUUAACGUGCUAUAUGAAUCGCUAAAUGUAGAAAAAGUAAAUGUUCUAAUUGUUUUCUAAAUAUUUCAUAAAAUGACUGUAAAAAUGUAUAAAUAUAAUAUUUAACAUUAGUUAUUAAGAUAAAUUUGUUUUAAAUUUUUUCAGUGGUAUAAUUUAUUUUGACUGCACUUAGCGAUUCAUAUAAUAUCGAUAAAUACAAUAACAUAAAAUAUUUCUUAAUCACCAAAUUUCGGCUUAACUUCAACUAUUAAUUUAAUUGAUUUAUAAUUUGCUUAAAUUUUCACCUAAUACAAUUUUAUUCAAUUUUUCAGGGAUAUUGUACAGUUUGGGCGUACUAUUCGUAUUAAUCACAACAUUAAUUGCUAUUUUUAAAAAAGAAAAAGAUAUUAAAUUAGAAGACAAUAAUUUAAAACUCAACAUAGUUCAAACUUAUAAACUAAUGUGGGAUAUAUUAAUGUUACCUAGUAUUCAAAUAUUUGUGUUGGCAUUACUAACAAUAAAAGUAAUUAUUUAAGUGAAUCAAGUUUAGAAUUUAUUUAUCUUUUAUUACAAUUGAUUUUACACAAAUAGUAAUAAUUAUGAAUUGUCUAUGAUUUACUGUUAAUAUAAAUUAUAAGAUUAUAGAUAAAUAAAAUUUUAAAUAUUAAUAUUUUAUAAAGUAUAUUGGUUUAUUAAUACUGAUAUUUGUAUUGCAGAUUGGAUUUGCUACAACAGAUGUGACGACGUUAAAGCUCAUUGACGCGGGCGUAUCAAAAGAGAACAUUACGAUUACAAACACAGUAUUAAUGGGUGUAAAUAUAAUUAUAACACUAAUAGCGUCGAAAUAUACGACAGGUAAAAAAUCGAUGAUUAUAUUGGUGAAGUCAUUUCUUAUCAGGUAAAUACCUACUAAUUAAUUAUAAAUGUGUGGACUACAUGAUAUUAUCCAAAGUAAAAUAAAAAUCUGAUACUGGGGACGGGUGUGCUAUUUUUGAAGGUGGGAAGUUGGGAAGGCAGGAUGCAUAAAGUUAUUUAAUUCAUAACUGUAAGAUAACGAUAAAACAUUGUUAACGAAAAACAGUUCCAAGCGAAGUUCGGUUAUACAUGUUUUGAAAGGCCGUCAUAUUUACAAUUUUAGUCAAAAUUUUAUAUUACAACUCUUAUAUAUAAAAAAAAAAUUACUACAUUACAGUUUUUUUUUUUACCAUUAAAUACAAAUUUUAAUGUACAUCCUGUUAAAUUUCAAGUAUUUUUAUUGAGUCAAAAACGAUAUUUACAUGGUACCUACAAAAUAAAAACUACAUAAAAAUAAUCGCAAAUAUAAAAUAUCAAUAAAAAGCUCAAAUUUCGCCAACAAUUUUAAAAGUGUUACCACUCUAGAAAAGGUAAAUUUAAGUUUUUCGUCAAAAGUCUCAAGUUUCAAGUUUCUAUGAAUAUUUUUAACUGAAUUACAAUGAAAAAAAUUACCAUUGAAAACAAUGAAACCAUUAUUUCCAUAAACUGUCACGAUAUUUGUACGUUUUUUUUUUGAUUUUGUUCAAUUAUUAAGAAAACUAUAUGGAAAAUCAAAAACCGACUUACAAACUUACAAACUAAAUGCAAAAUACAGCAAAAAAUAUCAUUUUUUUGAUUUUAUUCGAAUUAUUUUGAAUUAGUUUUUUCACUUAGAAACUUGAUCCAAAGUUUCUUAUAUUUAGAUCAUAAGAACGCUUUAAUAUACAGUAUACAUACUAGUUUAAUUUAUAUUUUGUUAAGAACCCCUGGCAAAUUCUAUGUAUGUGUUAGGUUAUAAGUAGGGUUUGGAUUUGCAUGUAUUAAAAAAAACAAAAUAUGUAAAUAUAUGUGUAAAAAAUCACUUUAUAUGUGAUAAAAAAAUUAAAAAAUGGAAUUUAAAAAUUACCAAAAAAACAUUAGCGACAAAAAAAAUUUUAAAUGCUGUGUAAAUGACAAAAAAUGAAAAUAAAACACUUGAAUUGAAAUUAAUAUGAAAUUGAACCUUGUUCAUCUUGAUCUUAAUAGCAACGAGAUACCAUAUAGAUGCUCAAAUUGUUAAAUUUAUAUGGUCUACAGUUUCAGGUUUAGUCGUAACACAAAUUUGUACCGAUUAAACGAACGCUCCUCUUCAACAGAUGGGUACAAAUUUCAUAUUUGCAAUAUCUAAAGUAGUGAGUUCAGUCUGCAAUAAUAUUUCAUUUAUUCCUCAAUGGAUAUUUCUAGUUAAUUUUAUUUAGUAUUAAUUUGUUUACGUAAUUUUGGAAAGAUGGGAAUUUAUCUGUAUUGAAAAGUACAAUAGUAUACAAAUAAUCGUAUUAUAUGAACAAAUUAUCUAAAUAUGUAGGAACAAAUGGAAUUAUUGAGAAAUAUGUAAUACAUGUAUUUAUGGUGAAAUAUGUAAGAAUAUAUAAAAUUAAAUAUACACUUGGCGUCACAAAAAUCGCACCUAUUGCAAAUUAUUUUUCAAAGUAAUUUUAACUACACUUAAUCAUAUAUAAGGGUACUGUUAUGAUAUAUCAUUUGAAAGGUGAUGAAAUAAACUUGAAAAAUAAAUAAAUGGUAUGUGUUUUUGUUUAUCAGUGUUUUAAAAAAUAAGUUAAUCGUGGAAGAGGAAAACAAAUUGUAUUGAGGAUAUACAGUUUUACAAACAGAAACAGACAAUAGACUUCAUAUAAAAAUAAAAAACUGUUACUAAAUGUUAUUUAAAAUCUAGUGCUACUUCCUCUUGCCUUAAUUACUGCUUCCAUACGAUCUUUCAUAGAAGUUAUGAGUCGUACGAUGCGUUCUUGAGGAAUGUUCACCCAUUCCGCAACAACAGCAUAUUGAAGAUCUUGGAGGGUUGUUGGGGCAGGAUCAUGUGACCGCACUCUUCGUUUUAAUUCGUCCCAGAGGUGCUCAAUUGGGUUUAGGUCUGGACUUCUCGCUGGCCAGUUCAUAACAGGGAUCCCAACCUCUUCCGUAUAAUUUUUUACAAUUAAUGCGGUGUGGGAACGAGCAUUGUCGUGCAUUAGUAUAAACCCAUCUCCAACAAAACCCGCAUAUGGUACCACAUGCUCUUCUAAGAUCUCUGUAAUGUAUCGAUCAGAAGUUAGCGAUCCUUGUCCUCGAGCGCCACCAGUUCGGGAAACGCACACAAGCUCGGUCUUGCUAUCGAUGGAAAUGCCGCCCCAGAACAUGCAUGAUCCACCUCCAUACUCCACUGUCUCCNAGAGCACAGUCUUCCAUUGGUCAAGCGUCCAAUUAAAAUGUUCACGGGCAAAAUGUAACCGUUCUUUGCGGUGCUGUGCAGUCAGUUUCGGACCGGUAGCAGGUCUGCGGGCCACAAUUUUUUGUUCUCCUAACCUUCUCCUAACCGUAGAGGUGCUUACUGUUGUACUGCGAGCUGCGCGGAGUUGCUGUUGAAGCUCUACAGCAUUGGAAAAUCGAUUGCGCAAAGACGUCGAGACAAUAAAACGAUCAUCUCUGUCCGUUGUGCAGCGUUGUCGGCCUGAUCCAUUCCUCCAGAUAAAGCCACCAGUCUCUUGAUAACGUUGGAAAACUCGUCGAACGGCAAAACGGCUCAAGUUUAGUUGCCGUGCAACAUCACAUUGACGCAUCCCUGAUUCCAUUAAUGCUGCCACUUGAGCGGCUUCGUUAGCAGUUGUAUCCAUUUAAUACGUUAUUUUUUGAAAUAAUAUUGUUUAAAGAGUAUUCACGUACGUCCUUUUCAAUGUUUAGGAAGUGAAUGACCUGCAUUUGACACUUUAAACUGAUUUUUCUAUAGCCAAAGAAUAUAAGAUAAGAUAGGAGUAUAUUUAUACAUUUUCCUAAUGCACCGUAUACUCGGAAUAUGAUUAUUGUUUAUGAAAUGAAACUACUAUCGGAUAAGAGGUCAUUAACUGUACUUUCAAUUUAUAUCUUUAUUGUUUGGAUUAAAUGUUUUGGUUCGGGGAAAUGCCCGUUUGAAACUUAAUUUUAAAGAUGUGCGAUUUUUGUGACGCCAAGUGUAUUUAAUUCCAUUGAAAAUCACUGAAUAUGAAUUUAUCACUUAGGUAUCUAAAUUAAUUUAUCAAGUCACAGUAAAAAUAUGUAUUUACAUAUGAAUCCGAGCUCUAUUUAUAAGUAUAAUGUUUAUUUUCUAUGUUUUUUUCUGUAGAAGGUUCCACGAAUCGGUCUGCCAGCUUGGACUGGAGUCGAGUAGGGGAUCUGAGCCAGUCCUUUUGGUCUUUAGACAGAGCUCAGUUCCCGCUACACAACAGUAGUAGUGUUGUUAUACGAUCGAGCUAGUGGAACCUUGUGAAACUUUAACUAUUUAUUUGUGAACCGACCUUCAUCUUUUUUCUAUUCAAUAAAGAAUGAUUUUCCGCUUUUAAAAAGUGAAAUUUUCUUCAGCUAAAGAACCAUUCGAAACAAUAAAUAUAUUUGAGUGCAGAAAUUAAGUACGUUUUCAAAAAUGUGUACGCAACGAUGUACCAUUUAAAACUAAAAACUUUUCUAUACAGAGUAUUAUUAGUCGUAUUUUUCGCCUUGUUGCUAAUGUUAACCAGAAAUCAACAAAAAAUGGUCAUUUCUCUCUAUUUAUAAAGAAAAUAAUUCUACUCAGAACCUAAAACAUUAUAUAUUUCUACAUAUUUAUAGAUUAACAUUGAACAUUCCAUUUGCUAUAUUUGUUUUUUAUACACCUCAAUGGAUGGAAUAUAAUAGAACUGAAAAUAUUUCAAUGUAUUAUCUCUACGCAACUUUUAUAAUUCUACUAUCAAUGCAACAAGUGAGUUUAUCUAUUUUAUAAUAACUGAUACGUAUCUAAACAAAAUCUAUUUAGGGAAAAUGAGAGGAAAUAGACUGAGAAGGUUUGGGUUUUUCAUGAGAAGAGAGGGUUAGAAACACGAAUAAUAACAAUGAGAAUAAACGUAUGAAAAGAAGAUGAAGACCGAAAAAGAGGUUGCUGGGUGUGAUAAAGAAUGAAAUAUUAUUCUUUAUGGUAUACCUAUGAUAAUUAUUUAGCCAGAGUAUGCGAGGGGAGAUAUUGGAUCAAGUGUUAGUUUAGUACGACGGUGACCGAACCCAAAUACUUAGGAUGAAGGUGAAGGAGAAAAAGAAGAAGAUACUUAUAUCUAAAAUAUAUGUAGUAUUAUAUAUUUAUAGUUAUUUUUAUUUCAAAUAUAAUCACUAUAUAAUAUUAUAAUGAUACGUAAUUUUUUGUAUAGGUUGUAUCAAAUAUCAUGUUUGUAUGUACGAUGGCGGUUUUCUCCCAGAAAAGCGAUCCUCGUUUCGGCAGUACUUAUAUGACGCUAUUGAAUACUUUUGCAAAUUUAGGAAACAUGCUGUCGAAUGCCACUGCAUUUGGAAUAAUUGAUAUUUUAACGUUCAAAAGAAGUUCAUUUGAUCCCGAGAAUAAAUUGCCGAUGUUAAAUUGUCUAAAAGUAAAACUUUUAAAACUUAACUAUGUAUACAUUAUUCAUAUAUGUACUUAUAUAUUAUAUAUAUAUAUAUAUAUAACCGAUUAAUUCAAAUAUAGUUGGCUUUUCACACUCAUUUUUUUAAUUUAAUUUUCACUCAAAAAGAAUAAUAUGCACUAUAAUAUUAUAAAUAAUUAUAUUUAUAAUUUACUGCAUAUACAUAGUAAAUCAAAUUCAUUCCGUUAUUUCUCUCGGUCUGUGUGUAUUACGUAUAUAAAAUCGUAAUCUACAAUCUGAGAUUUUCUUUUUCUGCAUAAAAUCGUUAUGAAUGACAUUAAUGUUGUAUGGGCACCUGGUUCGAUUUAUGUUUGCUGUGAAUAAAUAAAAAAAUAUAUACAAAUAAUUAAUAAUUCUUAAUUAAGUAUAAUACUUACAAAACACUAAUUUUAUUUACUUAUCUUUAGAAAAAUAAAGGUGACUGCGAAGUAGACGGAUAUUACAUAGAAGUCGCUCUGUUCAGCAUCCUAGGAAUCGUUUGGUACGUUAUUUUUAAAAAUAUCCUAAAAAAUCUUCAAUACCGAAGCAUUUCACAUUGGACAGUGAAUGUGAAUAGACGAAAUCCUACGACGGAAAAUUCAUACUCUCUCGAAUGA